AUGGGCCGCGGGCACGAGAUCCAAACCGCUUUGUCGGAUUUGUUCGGCAGUAGUUACACACUGGAUCUCCACGCAUUUGACGUGUUGCACCGGGCAACAUCAACAAACAACACGACCGCGUCGGAUGAUGUCGAGCAGCAGAGAAACAGCAGAAGCUCUUACGUCGACGAACAAGACGUCGCUACCUGGACGCGGGACCCGCACUACGAUUGCCAUGUGGACAAAGAGGGCGCGGACCCGUGGGACCUGGACGCGAGUGUGG